AUGGCUGCCGAAAUCCAUAACGUCGACGACAUCCUCGAGGCCCACAUUCCAGCCGAGGAACUGGCCGAGGUCAAGCGCAUCCUGUACGGCUCGCCGUGCGGCGAGAUCGAGGUGGUGGACGCUGCGGCGCAGCUGUCGGCCGACAACGACUUUGAGAUCAAGGCUUACCAGUACAACGCCAAGCCCGAGUCGACCCGCCCGCCGCGCAUUGUUCGCAUCGGCCUCAUCCAGAACACCAUUGCCGCCGAGACGACCGAGCCCAUCGAGGUCCAGCGCGAUGCCAUCUUUGCCAAGAUCGCACCCAUCAUCGAUGCCGCCGGCGAAAUGGGCGUCAACGUGCUCUGCCUCCAGGAGGCUUGGCCUAUGCCGUUUGCCUUCUGCACCCGCGAGAAGCACCCGUGGUGCGAGUUUGCUGAGGACGUCAAGACCGGCCCGUCGACUCGUUUCCUUGCCGCCUUUGCCAAGAAGUACGACAUGGUCAUCGUCUCGCCCAUCCUCGAGCGCGACGAGGUCCAUCUCGAGACCAUCUGGAACACCGCCGUGGUCAUCGACCAUCGCGGCGAGGUCCUCGGCCGCCACCGCAAGAACCACAUUCCGCGCGUUGGCGACUUUAACGAGUCGACCUACUACAUGGAGCCCAAGCCGCUUCGCCACGAGGUCUUUGAGACCAAGUACGGCCGCAUUGGCAUCAACAUUUGCUACGGCCGCCACUUUCCGCUCAACUGGCAGGGCCUCGCCCUCAACGGGGCGGAAAUCGUCUUCAACCCCUCCGCCACCGUCGGCGCCCUCUCUGAGCCCAUGUGGGCCAUCGAGGCCCGCAACGCCGCCAUCGCCAACAACUACUUUGUUGGCGCCAUCAACCGCGUCGGCACCGAGACCUUCCCUAACGAGUUCUCGUCUGGCAACGGCAAGCCUGCCCACAAGGACUUUGGUCACUUUUACGGCUCAUCCUACAUCGCUGCGCCCAACGCCUCGCGUACCCCGGGCCUCUCGCGCACCCGUGAUGGCCUCCUCGUCACAGAGGUCGACCUCAACCUCUCCCGCCAGGUCCGCGACCUGUGGUGCCUCAACAUGACUGCCCGCCUCGACGAGUACGGCGAGAAGAUCUCCGCCGCGGCUUCGGACGAGUUUACCCCCGAGCGCAUCGGCAAGUAA